AUGGCAGGAGUUAGCACCGCGCUAGUUGGUCGCAACCUCACUUCACGCCCAGCUACGAUCAUUUUCUGCAGGCAACCACUACUGGUCAUCCGUGACCACGCACCUCUCAACACCCUUGCUAUUCCACAACGCACAACAUCUCAGACUUCUCGAACGCAGGCGACCAUGGCACAUCUCCAGAGAUCAGCUAGCAAUGGGGCGCCAGAACACAGACGACGAAGAGGCACUGACCAGACAACUCGCACAUCUAUCCCGAGCUCGCCGUCGACUCAGAUCAGUACUGCCACUACCGAUGCCUCGUCCACGACCUUGAGUGGCUGUCGAGCCUUUGGCCAGCAAAAUGCUGACUCUACAACUGCACCGUCGUCCACUUCUGGUCGCUCGCCGACGUCGUCAUCGAAUACAUCUCUGCAAGCGCUUUACACGAGUAUUCGAGCCCUGCGUCCUCCACAAGCGAUCCUUGACGCUCUCCUCGCGGCUUCGGACGCCCGUGAUCGCUUGACUAUCCAGGUCUACCACGGCAUACCGCCCUACUUCGACCUGGACCAUUCGGGCGACCAGGAGUUCGCACGUCGAAUUCGUGUUCUGGAGAGUGUUCGGCUGCCGGGAGCUAUGGGUCUGCUGGCAGCGACUCAGGCGUACGCCACUAUGAGGGCGGUGCGGGUUCUGGUCAAUGAUGAGCAGUCCGCGAUGGGGAUUGUUGGAUCUUGGCUGGGCUCUCUAUGUGCGGGUGCGGGUGGAAACCUUGAGCUCCGUGGCUUCAUGAUGGAGGUACAGGCUACCUUGCGGCUGCUUGAGGAGGCUCAUGCGAUUCUGUACGAGGCUAGGGAGGAUACUACGGCUCCGCAUUAA